AUGUCUGAAACAACUAUGUCUAUGAAUGCUCAGGCAAUUAAAAUUGAACCACCAGAAUAUUCAGCAGAGGACAUUAAAUGUGAAAUUGAGGAGGAAUUUGAUGCCCUUGAUGCUAUUGUUAAAUCUGAAUCGUGCUCUGAGGAUGAUGAAACGAGUUUAGAAAAAUUCAUGAACUCCGAGGUGACAAUUGAAGAAGUCAAACAGGAGUCUUAUGAAUGUGGCAUUUGUAAUCAAUCAUUUCCAGAAUUGCAUCAUUUAAAAGAGCAUAUGGUCAAUCACAAGCCAAGUAAUAAUGAAGAACGCCCUUUUAAAUGCGAAGUCUGUCACAAGACUUUCAAACUAUCAAAACAGGUAAGAGCACACAUGAUGAUACAUUCUGAAGAACGACCCUUCGAAUGCGAUGUAUGUCAUAAGGCAUUCAAUAAUAAAGCCUAUUUGACCAAACACAUGCCCAUUCACAGUACUGAGCGCACCCAUGAAUGCAGCACAUGCAAUAAGACUUUCAAACGAAUAUGUCAUCUGAAAAGACACAUGCUAAUACACAGUGAAGUACGCCCCCAUGAGUGCGGUAUUUGCAAUAAGACAUUCACACAAUUAUGUAACCUGAAAAGCCACAUGCUCCUUCACAGUGGCAAACGACCCUACGAGUGCAGUACUUGCAAAAAGACAUUUACACAAUUAUGCAGCUUGAAACUUCACAUGCUCAUCCACAGUGGUGAGCGCCCCCAUGAAUGCAAUUUAUGCAAAAAGAAAUUCUCACUAGUAAGUCAUCUGAACAGACACAUGUUGAUACACAGUGGAGUACGUCCAUAUGAAUGUAAUAUAUGCAAUAAAGCAUUCACACAUUCUGAUUAUCUGAAAAGUCACAUGCUGAUGCACAAUGGAGUACGUCCUUAUAAAUGCAACAUAUGCAAUAAGACCUUCACACAAUCAAGUUACAUGAAAAAAACACAUGAUAAAAGACACAUGAUGGUUCAUAGCGGAGAGCAGCCUUAUGAAUGUGCAAUAUGCAAUACACGAUUUACUCAAUCGAACAAUUUGAAGAAACACAUGGCAUUUCAUUGUCGAAAACUUAAAAAUCAAUGA